AUGGAUCCUUUGAGGUUUGACAAGUGGACAGAUGGCCAGAAGAGGAGGAUCCUGGUGGACCUGCUGGAACGCUGCUCCCUGUCCCAGCAGAAAUUUUGUGCCGAGCAGCUCCAGGCCCGAGUCCCCACCGAGGCCGUCGAUUUUACCACGAGGCUCCCUCGAGUCCUGUCCUUGUACAUCUUUUCUUUCCUGGAUCCACGGAGCCUCUGUCGAUGUGCACAGGUGAGCUGGCACUGGAAGUACCUGUCAGAGCUGGACCAGCUGUGGAUGCUGAAGUGCCUGCGCUUCGGGUGGCUCCUCAACUUCUGCCCCACGCCCUUGGAGCAGGGCGUCUGGAAGAAACACUACAUCGAGAUGGUGAGGGAGCUGCGCCUCACCAGGCCCAAGACUCCUUCCAAGGAUGAGUUCAUAGUUAUCGAUGUGCAACCAGUAAAAAGCAACGUCCCAGAGAGGAAACUUUCUGUGGCAGGACUGGGGACGAGCAGGGGGAAAAAAGAUCUCCCUCCUUGGCGUUCAUCCGACAGGAACCCCACGGACACCGUCCGCUACAACUACCUGGACAACCACGACCCCAUCGAGCAGGCCAGGCAGGCGAGGAGGAAGGGAGGGGGGCACACCCCGGACCUGAGCAGGCAGGCGGCCGAGAGGAACAGGAGAGGAGCUCGUGGAUCCGCUCAGCUCCGAAAGGUGAAAUCCCUGGCAAGUGUCACCAGGGCUCUGGCCCGGAGCUGCCGCUGGAACGCCGGGAUCCGCCCGGGACCCGUCCGAGCGCCCAAACCGCGGCACGGAGGAGCCGGAGAUGCCACCAGGGGGGACACCAGGUCCCCGUCACCUCCUCUGUUUGAGGCUCAGCCCUGGCACAUUCCUUCAUCCAACCAAGGAUCUGACACGGAAUGAGGGAGGAUCCACAGCAUCCUUCAUCCAAGCAGAACCAAAAUUUAUCCCCCUGGCACUGGGGAAACGACAGCAAAAUUCCUGCUGGAUUUGGGAUCUGAACCUGUUUUCCUGUAGCUGGUGCUGAAUUCCCUUUUCCUUCUGGAUACACCCAGAAUUUCCACAAUUUUGACCUCGGAGGAGCUUCCUUAGAUCCUUGCCAGAGCUGCUGGACCUCAUGGGGGAUUUCCUGUGGAUCAUUUGGACAUCCUGGAGCACAUCCCACAGGAGAUCUGGAGACAGAAUUCCUUUCUCAUGUUAAAGCAAUUCCAUCUUUUACAUUGUGACAGCGAGAAGGAAAUCAAACCCCACGCUCUGGAUUUGCACGUGGAUCCACAAGGAGCUGGAGUUUAGAGAUUGGGAAUCCCACGCUGUCAUUGGUCUUCUCUGCAAUUUAGGAAAUUCCCAGAAAAUGCAACCAAGAGCAGUUCUUGAGGAUAAGGGGGUUGAAAGCACAGAGACUUGAAUUCACCCCAGAGAGCUGGGACAAAACCCAACCUUUCCACACAUCAGGAAAAAUCAUGACAAGCACACAAAUCCUCAGCAUUUAUGGACAAAAACCACAUUUGAGAGGAAAUUCCAACCACCAAUCACAGAGUCACAGAACUAUUAAGGAUGGAAAUCCUUAGAUCACCAAAUCCCUGCCCAUUUCCUCAAACCAUGUCCACAGGUGCCACAUCCCCAGGUUUUCCAGGCAGUGGAAUGAAGAUUCCAUUCUUUCCAUGAAGAAAUUGCUCCUAAUAUCCAACCUGAUCUUGCCCUGGAGCAACUCCAGGACCUUUCAAUGUGGAUUAGGAGGAAACUUCUGCUCUGUGAGCAGAUUAAUCUGUGUCACCUGAGGGUUUCACGGAUUUUGGGAACACCCUCGGACUGAGAGCAUCCAAAUCAUUGAUUUUACAACUCAGUGCAGUUCCCUCUCUCAGACUUUGGGAUUUUUUUCCUGGUUUUUCUGGGUGCUUGGAAGGAUGAGUUCAUCCCAACCAACACAAAGGCCUAAAACCUGACAAAUCUGAGCUGCCACCUCCCAAAAAAAUCAACCAGGAACUUGCAGAUGGGAAUUAUCUCCUGAGUCUUCAGAUCUUAAUUAUGCAGGAAAACAGCCUGGUGGAAUUUGAUGAAGAAAGUGAAAUUUUGAGAAUUUAAAGUGAGGUGGAACAAACCAAAGCAUUCACCAGCAUCAUUCCCUGGAAUUGCAAAUCUCUCUUCACCAGCCUUUUUUAAACUUUUUUCCUCCCAAAAUUCCCUAAACCAGGACAGUAGGAAACCAAGUUUAACAAUUCACUCCACAGGUGCUUCCUUGGCUUCCUAAAUCCAAGAUUUUUUUGUUUGUUUGUUUCCAUCAGGCAGCAGUUGAGAGUCAGAUCCACUUUCCAAACAUGGCAAUUAUGUCAACAGUUUAUCCUUUCCCAUCAAUAUUCUCUGGAAUUGUACAAUUCCCAGGAUCUGAGUGGUCUUGGACAGGCUCUGUGCCUUUACUGCAUCUUAAGU